CCCUUUUUAACAGUUUCCAAUCUCAACAAGGAAACCAAAACCCGACCAAUUUUAACAGUUUCCAAUCUCAACAAGGCAACCAAAACCCAGCUAGUUUCUCCUCUCAGCCGAAACCCCAGAAACCUUUAAGUUUCGCAUCUCAGAGUAACCUGCCAUCAUCGACAUUUAUCAACUUCGCUCCUCAACCUUCAAACGAAGGAGUUGAGACUGGCAGCGAGAAUACUGAACCUGAAAGAGUUCUUCCAAACUUCUGCAAGUUUAUUGAUUGCAGAGUAAACGGUCUGCAGAACAAUAUUUGCUGUAAAGGUGUUGAAGGAGCUGUGAUACUACAAACAACAACAACAACAUCAACAACAACGUCAACUACAACUACUACAACAACUACAACCUCAACUACUACCACAACCUCUACAACAACAACAGAGCCAAGUACCACAACAAGUUUGACUCCCAACUACUCUGAACUUGCUGAUGAACCCGUGAGUGAGGUCGGACGAACUGUUCCUCUCAAUGCUCUGAACCCCAACUCUAAUGAGAAUACAGUAUCCGGGGUAAGCUACUAUUAUGACGAGGAGGCUUCAGGAGAUUAUUAUUAUUAUUAUGAAACAGCUCCUGCUGAUCAGUUUUCAGUUGGAUCUCCAGUAGUAGAGAUUGCUAAACCUCAAGAUACUAUUGCAGAUCAAGAGUAUCCUGAGUACCCUGAGCAGGUCCCAUCACUACCUCAACAAGAGGUUGUUAAACCUGAGGUUUCAAUCCUUGAGCAACCCGAGAUUGAAUCUAUUGCUGAAUUAGAACUUGAUUCUGUUGAUUAUCAAGAACCAGAUUUAAUGCCCCAAUUAGAGCUCGACUUUCAUCCUGAGAUAAUUACACAAGAUGAGCUGGAACUAACUUCACUACCCUCAGUAGAAGCAACAACACAGCUCUCUCUAGAAGCAACAACAAAGCAAUUUUUAGAAGCAACAACACAGCAAUUUCUAGAAGCAACAACACAGCAAUUACUAGAAGCAACAACACAGCCCUCACUAGAAGCAACAACACUCCCCUCACUAGAAGUAACAACACUCCCCUCACUAGAAUCAACAACACAACCCUCCAUAGAGGCAACAACAAAUCCCUCAAUAGAAGCAACUACACAACCCUCACAAGAAGCAACAACACAGCCCUCAAUUGAGGUAACAACUCUACCUUCACUAGAUUCAACAGCGGAAACUGAACCUGAAAAUACUUCACAACCUGAGCUUGGCACCACAACAAUCCAAAAACAGGAAACUGCUACAGAACCUUUACUAGAAUCGACCACAUCCCUUGAGCAGGGUCCAACAACACAGUUUGUGAUAGAGGAGAUGACCACACUUGACCUGGAGUUAACUACGGAAUCUGAACCAAAGGUGGUCAUAUCUACUAGAGUUGGACCAAAUUUGGCCCUGGAACAGGAUAGAUCCCAGGCCGGAGCAGGUUUUAAUAUCCUGGAGUUUGAAGAUCAAGGAGGAAAACCUAAACCUUUGGAUUACGAAUACGAGGUUUUAACAUCAUUAUUAGAUGAUAGAUUUACUGAUACAGAACAAGAUCAAGUCCAAACUGGGCAAGAACAGAAUAAGGAAAAUAGUAAGGAUAGAGUUGUCAUAAAUUCAAUUGUUGACUUCCCUCCACUGAACAACUUUGCUCCCAUAUCAUUGGAGGAAAUAGAACCUUUGGAAGACAAUGAAAACGAAAAGGAUUUAGAAAAUACUAAUGAUCUUGAUAUUCUUGAAACUACUCCUGCAACACAAGUUCUUGACAACCUGAAAACACAAGUCCUAGAGAUUGAAGAAAUAAGAACAACUUCUAAGGCGUCUGUAACAGAGGACUCUUUAGAGGGCGAGGUAAGUACUGAUCUAUCAAUAUCUGGAGAAGACUCAGAUGUAGAGAUCACAACUCAAAUUCAGGAGACAGUCCCUGUUUCCACUUCUAUCCCAUUCAUUGUUUAUCCUGCAACAGUGCCUGCUUCUACAACCACAACAACGACAACAACAACGACAACAACUACGACGACAACUACUACAUCAACAACGACAACAACCACGACGACAACAACAACCACAACAUCAACAACAACAAUAACCACGUCGACAACAGAAGAGCCUACAACGGUGACAGAAGCUUUAACAGAAACUACAACAACUACAACAGAAUCCACAACAACCACAACAGAAUUACCAACCACCUCCACAGAACCAACAACCACUACAAUUGAAGCCAAAAUUACUACUACAGAAGAUGUUCCAACUACAACAGAAUCAAAUAUCUUGAAAGAUUUAACUGAACUUGAGUCAACACCAGAAACAACAGAAGAAUUAAUAACCAAAUCUAACGAAGUUGUGGUAACGAACACUGAAGCUGGUGAAUCCACAACAGAGGAAACUACAACCACAACAACAACUACUACAACAACAACAGAAACAACGACAAGAAGAAGUAGAUUAAAGUUUCGAGGUCGACCUUUCCGAACUUUUACAACCUCAACCCAACCUCCGGUCACACCGGAGCCAACCAGAAGAACAUCCUUUGUUCCUUUCUCUGCAACAGAAUCUUCUAAAUCUGAGGAAGAGUCCUCAAGUCCUGAAGAAUCUCGGUCUAACAAUGGCAUUAACGUCUCUACUGAAGAUAGAAGACUUAUUCUGAAAAAAUUAUUCGGUUCCAGACGCCGUCCUCCGUUUUCAUAAUAUAAUCAACCUUGUACAAAUAUAUUUAGUGUACAUAUAUGUGUAUGUACAAAUUAAAAAUACAUGACUUAAUAACGA